AUGGUGAGUUCUCAGAUUUUUGAAGCUUUUGGGCCUGUGGAGCUUGUGCAACUUCCUACUGAUCCUGAGACAGGACACUGCAAAGGUUUCGGGUUUAUUCAAUUUGCACAGCUUGAACAUGCAAAGGCAGCUCAAAGCUUGAAUGGGAAACUGGAGAUUGCCGGGCGGACUAUCAAGGUUUCAUCUGUUACAGAUCACGUUGGAGUGCAAGAUUCAGGAGCCAAAACUGCUGAUUUUGAUGAUGAUGAUGGGGGUGGUCUGGCUUUAAAUGCUCAAUCCAGGGCAUUGCUUAUGCAGAAGCUGGAUCGCAGUGGUAGUGCCACAAGUGUCACCAGGUCCGUUGGAACACCCAUGCUCAAUGGAUCAGCUCCAUCUCAACAAGCUAUUAGCUUGCCUAUCAGUGGGCCGGCUGCAGUUCCUGCUCAAGUUUUUUCAUCACAAAUUGUUACAGCCUUGGAACCUAUUGGGAACCCCAGCGAGUGUUUACUUUUGAAGAACAUGUUUGAUCCAGCCUCUGAGGCUGAUCCAGAGUUCGAUAUGGACAUCAAAGAGGAUGUAGAAGAAGAAUGUUCCAAGUAUGGAUGGGUCAAGCAUAUAUAUGUGGACAAGAACAGUGCUGGUUAUGUAUAUUUGCGGUUCGAAAAUGUGGAAGGAGCACAACGUGCUCAACAAGCAAUGCAUAAGAGAUGCACUGCUGCAAGAAAAAUAAAUAAAGCAAAAGAAACAGCAAAGCAAAUGGGAGGAAUGUGA